AAUGAUGGCUUCGUUCUUUUCGUUGUACCCUUCUACUGCAUCGGCUUCUUUUGCACAUUACUAUUCUCUCGGGUUUCACUGCCGAGGUGGCUACUCCAAGAUCAUGUCGCUAUUAUGAACCAGGACAGGGACCACAACAUCGUUGUCCCCGACCGGAAUUCCCAGUCACACACUUGCAAAGAGUCUUGUCCUGUUGAAGAGAAAACGGAGACGGACGGUGGUAGUGGUCAUGCCAGAUAUAUUGGCUCUGGCGUGCAUGAAGACCCUUACAUUGUUGUCUGGGACGAAGAGGAUCCAGAAAAUCCAUACAACUGGUCAAAGACGCGCAAGUGGAUCAUCACUAUGCAGUUGGCGUUGACCACUUUCACGGUGUCUUUCAGCAGUAGUUCGUACAGUGGCGGCUUGGAAUACAUCGUUCGCGACUUAAAUGUAUCGGAUGAGUUAGCCGUAUUGGGUAUAUCUUUAUACGUGUUGGGAUUCGCAGUUGGGCCACUUUUAUUCGCACCAAUGGGAGAGAUGUACGGUCGGCGUAUAGUGUUUUUGAUCACUGUCGGGUUGUAUACUCCUCUGCAUAUCGGGGGAGCUUUUGCUAGGAACAUAAUCACUGUCCUUAUCGCAUGUGGCAUACUCAGUCAUACUUCGGGUACAGCUUUGACCAAUGCAGGAGGAGCAGUAGCAGAUAUAUUUAAUCCUCGUGAGAGGGGCCUUGCGUCUGCAAUCUAUGCUGCAGUACCAUUCCUUGGUCCAGUGAUUGGUCCCAUCGUUGGUGGCUUUGUAGCAGACUCUAGUCUCGGAUGGCAUUUCAAUUUUUGGCUGAUGUUACUUUUGGGUGCCAUAAGCUUAAUAAUGGGGUAUUUUCUGGCACCAGAAACGUAUGCGCCGGUUCUCUUACGAAGGCGUGCCAAACACCUCAUGCAACUUUCGAAUGGAACGAUCUCUUACAAAUCUAAAUAUGACAUAGGUCGUUCAACAUCCUUCAUGAAAGUAAUGAGAGUCAAUUUGAGCAGACCAUUUGUUUUCAUGUUCACCGAACCGAUUGUUCUACUGUUUGCAAUUUAUAUUUCUGUCGUCUACGGCACAUUGUAUGCUUUGUUCUCGGCUUUCCCUAUCGUGUUCGAAACACGAAGAGGGUGGUCUGCUGGUGUAGGGGGGCUUGCUUUCCUCGGAGUUGGGGCAGGCAUAUCCGUAGGGACGGCCACUGCUUCUAUUCAGAAUACCAUCUAUCAGAAAGCGAUGGAUAAGAGUUCCACUGGAAGAGCGCCCCCCGAAGCUCGACUGCACAUGGCAAUGAUGGGAGGCAUUCUCGUGCCUAUAGGUCUCUUUUGGUUCGCAUGGACCGCGGAUCCGCCUGUGCAUUGGAUCGUGCCUAUCAUAGCAGGCUUUCCAUUCGGGCAGGGUGUCUGUCAAAUUCUUCAGAGUUCGACUGCUUACUUGAUGGAUGCAUACGAAAUUUAUUUCGCGAGCGCUAUCGCUGCUACCAUUGUUCUGCGCUCUAUUUUCGCAGCUGUUUUUCCGGUCAUAGCACCUACAAUGUUCGAAAACUUGGGAGACGCGUGGGGUAUGAGCAUCUUCGCGUUCUUAGGCUUGGCUUGCACUCCCAUACCGUUCUUAUUUUGGAAACACGGCAAAGCGAUUCGCAGCAAAUCAAAAUAUGCCUACAAAGAAUCUGAAUCUGACGAUACAUCAUGAACCUUCUUUCAUUUACAGUUGGACAUUUCCGAAUUCUCUAAAAAUAAUAU